UUGAAAUAUAUUCAAAAAAUAUGAAAUUAUUAUUUUUACUGUGUUUAACUAUUGUUUUAGUUGUUGCCGAAGAUGAACCCGCUGCCGAUGAAAUAGAAACCCUAACUGGUGACCAAUUAACUUCAGCACAAGAGUAUUUGGAAAAAUCUUUAGCUAAAAUAGCUGCAGGUGAUGGACCCAAAUAUAAACUAUCCAAGGUUAUAUCAGCAACACAGCAAGUGGUUUCCGGUAUAUUAUACAAAUUUAAAACUGAACUCAUUGAUGACAAGAAAACGACUAAAACUUGUGACGUCAGUAUUUCGGGACAGCCUUGGUUAGAAAAUGGCAUCGAAGUCACGUUCGAAUGUGAAGGUGAAGAGAAAUUAUUGAAAAAAUAUAGUGCAUAGGAAUAUAUUAU